CGCUACGAUCCUGAUACAAAUCCUGGAGGCGUUAUAACACAUGCUACAAGCGCGGAGAACGAUCUUGUGCAGGAGAAAUUCACCGAACACCUCAAAGUAAAAGUCCAAGUUCCUGAGCAGGCUUUGGACUGCAGCUACAGCACUGUUGGUGGCAAAGAGCUCCCGGCGGCGCUGGGGGCGCACUUGAACGAGUAUUAGAAGUCACGGAAGUUGAUGAGUGGAGAGCAGAUCAAGAUCACUGGGACAGCGACAGCGCUGCACGAGGCUUUCGGAUCUAGUAUUGCGGAUCCAGGACAAGGAAUCAUGACCAGCAGACCUUACUAUGGCCGCUUUGAGCUGGACUUUGGGCUCAAGGCUGGGCUGAAGAUGGUGGCUGCGGAUACACCAUUAGGAACUUGUUUGCAGCCCGAUGUCGUCGACGCAUUCGAACAGACGUCGCAGAAGGCGAAGGCUGGGAGUAUAGAGAUCAGGGCUGUGCUUAUCAUCAAUCCUCAGAAUCGCCUACGUCGAUGCUGCCCCGAAGACACUCUCAUCGCAUUCAUGUGCUUCCACCAGAAGCACCAUAUCCAUCUCAGCAGCGACGACAUCUAUGCUUUUUCGGGGUUCGACCCCACUGAGCGCGGUACUCAUCCCUUCACCUCCGUGCUCUGGUUUGAACCACAAAUAGACGAAAGCCUGCUGCACGUCACCUAUGGUAUGGUCAAAAACUACGCCGUUCCGGGCUUGCGCAUAGGAGCCCUUAUUACGCAUAGCAAACCGCUGCUCAAAGCGGUGAAAUCUGUGACCCGGUUUCGUAAUCCCUCGGGACCCUCGGUCGCGAUCGCGUCUGCUACGUUGUACGAUCGUACAUGGAUGCGUUCAUUUAUAACACUGAGCCGGGAGCGCGUAGGCGAGGCGUACACGUACUUCAGUGAGCGUCUUUCGCCGAUGGGUGUGACGUAUCUAUCCCGAGUCAAUGCAGGCUUCUUAUGUUUAUCAAUCUCGCAGUCUGGCUAAUAGAGGAUGUAGGGCAGGGCAAGGAGGAACGGGAGCAAGAGUUGGCUCACAGCGCAUUCGACAGAGGAGUCUUCCAACAGCCAGGUGAAGGGCAUGCGUUAGAGCCAGGCUGGUUCAGGUUGGUCUAUAUGCUGGAGAGGAGGGUGAUGGAUAAGCGAUUGCGAAGGCGAGUGUGGAGAGAAUGUUGUGAGACUCUGUGAGCUAACAUCGAAUAGGCUUG